CCGGCUUUGUCCGAGGUUCGGUCCCCGUCGGCCGGGCGCGCAGCGAGCAGCCUCGCGCCGCGCUGGCGUCGUCCUCGUCGCCCUCGCCGCCCAUGGUCUCCCGGCCCGAGCCGGACAGCGAGGCCAUGGACGCGGAGCUGGUGGUGACGCCGCCUGGCUGCUCGCACCUGGGCAGCUUCAAGGUGGACAACUGGAAGCAGAACCUGCGGGCCAUCUACCAGUGCUUCGUGUGGAGCGGCACGGCCGAGGCCCGCAAGCGCAAGGCCAAGUCGUGCGUCUGCCAUGUUUGUGGUGUCCACCUCAACAGGCUUCACUCUUGCCUCCACUGUGUCUUCUUUGGCUGUUUCACAAAGAAACAUAUUCAUGAACAUGCGAAGUCGAAACGGCACAACCUGGCCAUAGAGCUUAUGUAUGGCGGUAUCUACUGCUUUUUGUGUCAGGACUACAUAUACGACAAAGACAUAGAAAUCAUUGCCAAAGAGGAACAGCGGAAAGCUUGGAAGAUGCAAGGCGUCGGAGAAAAGUUUUCAACUUGGGAACCAACCAAGCGGGAGCUUGAACUGCUGAAACACAACCCGAAAAGGCGCAAGAUCACCUCCAACUGCACCAUAGGUCUGCGGGGGCUGAUCAACCUGGGAAACACCUGCUUCAUGAACUGCAUCGUCCAGGCCCUCACCCACACGCCGCUGCUGCGAGACUUCUUCCUCUCCGACAGGCACAGGUGCGAGAUGCAGAGCCCCAGCUCCUGCCUGGUCUGCGAGAUGUCGUCGCUGUUCCAGGAGUUUUACUCUGGGCACCGGUCCCCCCACAUCCCGUACAAGUUGCUGCACCUGGUGUGGACUCACGCCCGGCACCUGGCGGGCUACGAGCAGCAGGAUGCGCAUGAGUUCCUCAUCGCGGCCCUGGACGUGCUGCACCGGCACUGCAAAGGUGACGACAACGGGAAGAAGGCCAACAACCCCAACCACUGCAGCUGCAUCAUAGACCAGAUCUUCACGGGCGGGCUGCAGUCAGACGUCACCUGCCAGGUCUGCCAUGGAGUCUCCACCACAAUAGAUCCCUUCUGGGACAUCAGCUUAGACCUGCCUGGUUCUUCCACCCCCUUCUGGCCCCUGAGCCCAGGGAGUGAGGGCAGCGUGGUGAACGGGGAAAGCCACAUGUCAGGAACCACGACGCUUACGGACUGCCUGCGAAGAUUCACGAGACCGGAGCACUUAGGAAGCAGUGCCAAGAUCAAGUGUAGUGGUUGCCAUAGCUACCAGGAGUCCACGAAACAGCUCACCAUGAAGAAACUGCCCAUCGUGGCCUGCUUUCACCUCAAACGAUUCGAGCACUCGGCCAAACUGCGGCGGAAGAUUACCACGUACGUGUCCUUUCCCCUGGAACUGGACAUGACCCCCUUCAUGGCGUCCAGCAAAGAGAGCAGGAUGAACGGACAGUACCAGCAGCCCAUGGACAGUCUCAGUAACGAUAACAAAUACUCCUUAUUUGCGGUUGUUAACCACCAGGGGACCCUGGAGAGCGGCCACUACACCAGCUUCAUCAGGCAGCACAAGGACCAGUGGUUCAAAUGUGACGACGCCAUCAUCACCAAGGCCAGCAUCGAGGACGUGCUGGACAGCGAAGGAUACCUACUGUUCUACCACAAGCAGUUCCUGGAGUACGAGUAGCCUUAUCCACAGCUGGCCAGAAGAAGUGAAGGCGAUGAAUUGGCAAGCCUCACAGGAUGAUCCCCGACCUCCCCGACAGGACACCGCCACCCACAUGGAAGUGCCCCAGAGCUCAGGGUCCUCUGCGGCCUGGGUCCAGAGGCGGCCCCUAUGGGUGCCCAGGACCGUGGUGUUUGGACAAGCACUGCGGUCGGGCUCCAGGAACUGCAUAACGUGAAGGCUCUGCUCUGCGUGGGCAGGGGCGGGGGAGAUGUGUCACGAGUGUGUCUCCUGUGCUCCUCAAGAAAGUGUGUG